AUGGUUCUCUAUGAUAAAAGACUUUUGAUCUUGGCUCUGCUAUCUCUCAGUGUCCUUCUGCCAGUCAUCCAGGCUAACCAAGUACAUGAAGGGAAACAGGGUGGCUGAACUGGCAAAGACACAAUAGAAUGUAAAGGAUAUAAGAUGAUGAAUAACCUGAAAAAGCAUUCUGAUAAAGUGAUCAGUGCUUUCACCGCUGCUAGAAAUCUAGCCUCUGAUUUUAGUAAUGAAAAUUGGCAAAUCUUUAAGGAUCAGCUUUAUUAUCUCCUUCCUAGGAAAUUUAGAGCCGGGCCUGACAUUUUUAUUGAAUUUGUCAUAUAUACUAUUUCCAAGUCAUAUCAAUUAGUUCCAAAAGAGAAAAUAGAUGGGAUGCUACAGCUGGCACAUGAACUUUAUUUUGCUAAAAUGAACAUAAUCCAGAAGAUCAUUCAGUAUAAAGGCUUCAACCCAUUUCUGGACAAAGACCAAAACAACUGCAUUCGAACUUUGAUAAAUGAAUUAAUUAUGCCUCCAAAUUACCAAUACAAAACUGACACCUCAGCUUGUAAAUCCUACAAAGAUACCAUCAACAGCCUCCUAAUCCCUCUUGCAAACCCCCCUACCACCUUCAAAGGCCUAUACAAAUAUGGCUUAGUGGUCACUCCGGUCCUGUUGCUGGUAUUGAUUGUAGUAGGAGUUGGAUUAGUCUGGAAGGAAUUUAAGGUUUUUAAGGACUUGAAGGCGCAAGAGCCUAAAGUUAUUGAACUGGAGCCAAGUGAUGGGGAAGUCAGUGGGGGAAGUUAUCAAACUGAAGAGUUUUUUAUGGCUUAGAGAUGAGAUUUUUGGGCUGGUUAUGAAUUUCAAUGG